AUGAAUGAAUGCAGUUUAUAAAUCGUUGAUCAUAGAAACGUAUUUGGAUUUGUGAUUAACAGCGCGGUUUUCUUAAAUUAAAAAAAAAGAAAAAUGAAACCAAAACUACAAUUAACAUCCGAAGUAGCAUGGACUAAAUUGCAACAAUAUUUUUCCACAAAUGGUUCAAAAAUCAAAAUAUAUGAUCUUUUUCAACAAGAUCCAAAACGCUUUGAAAAUUUUAGCUUAGAAAUUUCUACUCCUGAAGAUGGACCAAUUUUACUUGAUUAUUCUAAAAAUCGUCUUACUAAAGAAGCAUUGCAAUUAUUAUUGGAAUUGGCAAAAGCACGUGAAAUAGAAGCUGCAAGAGAUGCUAUGUUUAAAGGAGAAAAAAUUAAUUUUACAGAAAAUAGAGCAGUUUUACAUAUUGCUUUACGUAAUAGACUUAAUAAACCGAUAUUGGUUGAUAAUAAAGAUGUAAUGCCAGAUGUGAAUGCUGUAUUAAAUCAUAUGAAACAAUUUACUAAUGAAAUUCUUUCAAAACAAUGGAAAGGUUUUACUGGUAAACCAAUUGAAGAUGUUGUUAAUAUUGGAAUUGGUGGUUCAGAUUUGGGUCCUUUAAUGGUAACUGAAGCAUUAAAGGCAUUUCAUAUUGGACCACGUGUUCAUUUUGUUAGUAAUAUAGAUGGAACUCACAUAGCUGAAACUCUAAAAAAAUUGAAUCCAGAAACAACUCUUUUUAUAAUAGCAUCAAAAACAUUUACUACUCAAGAAACAAUUACAAAUGCUAUUUCUGCUAAAAUCUGGCUUUUAGAAACUUUAAAAAAUCCUACAGCGGUUGCACAGCAUUUUGUUGCAUUGUCUACUAAUAAUCAAAAAGUAAAAGAAUUUGGUAUUGAUGAGAAAAAUAUGUUUGGAUUUUGGGAUUGGGUUGGAGGACGUUAUUCAUUAUGGUCUGCUAUUGGUUUAUCAAUUUGUUUAUCUAUUGGAUUUGAAAACUUUGAAAAAUUAUUAAGUGGAGCACACUUUAUGGAUCAACAUUUUUGUACUGCUCCAUUAGAAAAAAAUGCAUCAAUUAUAUUAGCUUUGCUUGGAAUAUGGUAUCACAAUUUCUAUAAAACUGAAACACAUGCAUUAUUACCAUAUGAUCAAUAUUUACAUAGAUUUGCUGCUUAUUUCCAACAAGGAGAUAUGGAAAGUAAUGGAAAAUAUGUUACACGAGAAGGAAAAGUUGUGAAUUAUACUACUGGUCCAAUUGUGUGGGGAGAACCAGGUACUAAUGGACAACAUGCAUUUUAUCAAUUAUUACAUCAGGGUACGAGACUUGUUCCUUGUGAUUUUAUAAUUCCAAUACAAUCACAUAACAAGGUUCAAGGAAAUCUUCAUCAUAAAAUUUUGCUUGCAAAUUGUUUUGCACAAACUGAAGCUUUAAUGAAAGGAAAAAAUGAAAAUGAAGCACGAACUGAAUUGCAAAAAGCAGGCAUAAAUCCUGAACAAAUAAAUUUGUUAUUACCACAUAAAGUAUUUGAAGGGAACAGACCAACCAAUACUAUUCUUCUUAAAAAAAUAACGCCUUUUACUCUUGGAGCUUUGAUUGCUAUGUAUGAGCACAAAAUAUUUGUACAAGGAAUUAUUUGGGAUAUUAAUUCAUUUGAUCAAUGGGGUGUUGAAUUAGGAAAGCAGUUAGCAAAAGUAAUUGAACCUGAAUUAGAGAGUACUCAACCAGUUACAAAUCAUGAUUCAUCAACAAACGGGUUAAUCGCAUUUGCUAAAAAAUAUAUUUCUUAAAUGUUUCUUGAUAAAUAUAUAUAAAAAAAUUGAUGUUAUAUAAUUAAUUAAAAAUUUUAAUUAUUAUAAUGAAAUUAUCAAUAUUUAAAUUGUUAGAUAAAUAAUUUUUUAAUGUUCUUUAAAUUAAUGUUAAGUUAAUACUAAGUAUUAUAUUCCUUUGCAUAAGUUAUAAUUGAUAUAUUAUAAAAUUUUCAUUUACAUUAUGUAAUUAAUGUGAAUGAAAAAUAUAAAAUGA